GCGCAGAAGGGUCGGCACCGGGGUAGCUGCCAUGAAGAUGAUCGAUGAGGAUUGGAACAUGACAGCAGGCACGAUGGCAGAUCUACCUGGGCGGCGCCAGACGGUGCCUAGGGCAGAGCCCAUUGCUUUCGCGAUUGCAAUCGAAGAGACGAUCGGUGAUAUCGUCGAUGUCACGGACCACUACCCUCUGCUCAACGCGUGGAACAAAGGCGAAGUCCGAGACCCAGGACGCGGUGGGAAUGCUGAUAUAUGGGCACGCAUCAUGCGAGCCAUCAUGGGGAACGAGCAACAUCACUUCCGCCUUUUCGUCGCCCUGAUUCAGGGCGACGAAGAGGCGGAAGUGGUCAACGCGGUCUUCGCGGUGGGCAACAGCUUCCCGGACGCGCUUGCGACGGUGGCAGCAGAGGCGCCCUGGGAGAGGGUAUGUCAACCGUUGCCCCCCACGGACGAGCGGGGCGCGAUCUGCGCCAAGACCGUCGACAACCAAGAGUUCGCGGACACGCAGUGCGAGACCACCUUUGUCACUGCCAAUGAGACUGUCGAUGCCGAGGGUGAUCGCGCCGUGGGCAGUGGCAGGCCGCACUGGAAGCAGGGCGAGCCAGGCUUGGCAGGCAGAUGCACGCCAGGGAACUUCUUACUUCGCAUGUACCGCAACAACUUAUUGGGCUACCACCACCGCCAAUUGCUGAGCCACCUCCACCGCGCACAUGACGUCGAGUUUCGAGAAGGCUUGCAGGGCAUGAAGUCGCUCAGGCACGGGGUGGGUUUCAUCGAGUGGAGCAAGCUGUGGAGGCAGUUCAUGCUGCAGAUGGAGUUGACACAGUGCCUGGCCUGG